AUGAACCGAUCUUCAAAAUGGACAGCCGCAAGAAAUUUGAUCAGUCGGCAAUUUGGCAAUCAGAAUAAUUACAAUUUUCAAUGUCUAGCAUAUAGUGGACUACAGUUUAUUCAAAGAUUGCAACUGGAUAAGAAAUUAGAGCAUCAUGAUGGUUGUGUAAAUGCCUUAAAUUUUAGCCCUUGUGGAACAUUUCUAGCUUCUGGUAGUGAUGACUUAAACAUUGUUCUUUGGGAUUGGGCAAAAGGAAAAGAACAUCAUGUUAUUGAGACUGGCCAUCGGAGUAAUGUAUUUCAGUCCAAGUUCUUACCGCUCUCUUCUGGUAUCAACAUCGUCUCAUGUGCGCGUGAUGGUCAGGUAAGAUUAUCGCAAAUUAGUAACUCAGGCAGUGGACAACCUAGUCGAAAAAUUGCAAAUCAUCGAGGAGCUGCUCAUAAGUUAGCUAUUGCACCCAAUUCCAGCUAUGUAUUUCUCAGCUGCGGUGAAGAUUCUUUAGUUCAGCUUGUGGACGUCAGACAGGAAAAGCCGAUCAAAUUACUCACUUGCCGAAAUGAAAGAAACAACAAAGUUGGCUUGUAUACGAUUGACAUUAAUCCAACCAAUGAAUUUGAGUUUGCUGUUGCUGGCCGUGAUCAGUAUGCAAGAAUUUAUGAUAGGCGUAAAAUCGACUCGAAUGAAAUUGACCCUGUUAAAAAAUUUUCUCCUCAUUUUUUCAUGAAUCGAUCAUAUGCACAUCGACCGAAUAUCACCUGUCUUGUGUACAGUUAUGAUGGUUCAGAACUACUUCUAAGCUAUAACGAUGAUGACAUCUACCUAUUUGAUAGUAGUCAUAGCGACGGUGCCGAAUAUAUCAAGCGAUACACAGGACACCAAAAUAACGCUACCGUCAAAGGAGUUAACUUUUUUGGUUUAAAGAGCGAGUACGUUGUUAGUGGUAGCGACUGUGGUCAUAUCUUUUUUUGGCAUAAGGAAUCUGAAGAAAUAGUUCAAUGUGUAGUUGGAGAUAAGACAGGAGCGGUAAAUGUAUUGGAGCCUCAUCCGAGCAUUUGUAUGUUAGCCACCAGUGGAAUAGACAGCGACGUUAAAUUGUGGACGCCAACGUCCAACAAACGAAAUGAUUUAGCAUCUCUAGAUUCGGUAAAUAUAUAUUUUAUAUAA